AAAAUUAUUGUCUAUUUGUAUGUAUUUGUUAAUUACUGAAAAAAUGUAAGAUUUGCAUUUUGGACUAUAGCCUUCCCCCCAAAAUUAAAUCCUGGAUCCGCCACAAUUUCCGAAAAAUGAAGUAAAGAGGCUUAAAUAGUGUGAUGCCUUGGGUUUAUCAAUGGCUACACCUAACCAAUCAGUAUGUAGUAAUCAUUUUGGUCAAGACUGCUAUAAUUUUAGUCUUAAUAGAAAGAUACUUAAACCAUUUGCUGUUCCAUCACUUUCAUUUGAAAGUAUACCAGAACUAGAUCUAUCAAUGAUAUCGCCCAUUUCUUCUACAUCUAGAACUAUGCAUAAUUCAUUUGAAAGUAUACCAGAACUAGAUCUAUCAAUGAUAUCGCCCAUUCCUUCUACAUCUAGAACUAUGCAUAAACACUCUUUGAGUCCAAAUGAUUAUUUAUAUUCAACUCCUAAGAAAAAAAACAAAAGAAGAUUCAUCCCAUCAGCGUUUUCCAAAUAUGUGUCUUAGAAAAAGAAAGUAUAUAACACUAGUCGAAUUGGCGAUCUUACUUCUUUUGGUUUUGGAACUCCAAGGCAGUCAUCAAGAAAUUUAAAAAUUGUAAAAAAGACAGUUCAAAACUUGAGGAGGAAAAACAAAAUUUUAAAUCAAAAAAACAGACGUUUAGAAAAUAAAAUUACAUCAUUAAAU